CACUCGGCCUGCAGUUCAUUCGAGCGGCGUCCAUAUUCCUUAAUUCCCACAAAAAAGGAAGUGAUUUUGGUACCAUAUUCCAUUAUGAACUCAAGCAGAAUAGUAAUAAUAACCCAAGCAUUUCCUCCGCUCUUCAAGUCUCUCUUCCGUUCUUCAUCCUCCUCCUUAGGGGUGCAAAAGAUUGGUUUUUUGAAGAUAUUGCAGCAAAGAAAAAGGGGGUUUAGAGGGGUUGCAAUUGUGAGGCUGAUGAUGGAUUCUGGCUUGGAGAAGUGUGAUGGGAAUGUGGAGAGUAAGAUGGGUUUAGUGCGCCCUGCUACAGAGGAUUAUGCUCAAGAAGCAGUUGAAGCUAUCAAAGCUGGAAAGGUCAUUGCUGUGCCUACUGAUACCCUCUAUGGCUUUGCUUGUGAUGCUUGCUCUGUGGAAGCAGUUAACAGGAUUUAUGAGAUCAAAGGUCGUAAAUAUACUAGUCCGCUGGCAAUUUGUGUUGGAAAUGUUGAGGACAUCAAACAUUUUGCUGUCACGGAUCAUUUGCCUCCUGGUUUGCUGGAUUGUCUCCUUCCAGGGCCGGUAACUGUGAUACUGAGGCGAGGGGAUUCAAGCAUCCUUGAGAAGUCUUUGAAUCCUGGGUUGGAAAGCAUUGGUGUUCGAGUCCCUGACUGUAAUUUUAUUAGGGUGAUAUGUAGCGGCUCUCAAAGUGCCCUGGCCCUUACUAGUGCCAACCUCAGUCGGCAGCCUAGUAGUGUAGACAUCAGAGAUUUUAAGAACCUCUGGGAACAUUGUGCAUACAUUUAUGAUGGCGGUGCUCUUCCAUCAGGGCGUGCAGGUUCAACAAUUGUGGAUCUUACUAAGCUAGGAACGUACAAGAUUCUCAGACCUGGGAGUGCCAAGGAAGAGACGAUUGCAAUCCUUGAGAGACACUCUCUGCUAGAAGAUGGAAGUGCUACAUAAAAUGGUUGUAGUCUUCUGAUGAGAUUAUGUAUUGGGAAGGACAAUAUUCACGUAGGACCGAAGGCCUUCAACUACACGGAUAACACUGUAGCAUAGUGAUUAUUAUCUGGAUUCAUCUGUUGAGUAGCUAUUUUUUUAUUUUUAAUAAAUGUCCUGUGAAAAUUAUCAAGCUGACUGUUGCAGUUGUUUUGUUUUAUGUAUUGCAGUAUCCGAGAUCACUUGUAAACCCAAAAUACUGUUAUUGUCCUCGGACUCCAUGCAUUGCAGUACUAGAGAAUUAGUCAUUUUCUCCUUUC